AUGGAAGCUAUGGAGAUUGAAUCAGUCCACGUGGAUUCAGAGGAAUUGACAUCUGCUAAUUUAUAUCAUGCUUGCGAAAACAAUAAUAUUGAACAAGUGAUGCGUUAUAUUGAAUCAGCAAAUAUCAAUGAUAUAAUUAAUGAAAAAUAUCAUCCAAGUGGAAGUACUGCCCUGCAUAUUGCUGCGCACAAAGGACACAAUGAGAUUGUAAAAUUAUUAUUGAAAAACGGUGCAUUUCGUUCAACAACAAAUAAAUAUGGUUUAACACCAUUUGAAGAAGCUCGAACUGAAGAGACAAAAGAUCUUUUUCGACGAAUAAAUACUAGACAUUCAUUUAUCGGAAAUCUAUAUGAUACUAUUAUAUAUGAUGAUUAUAUUGAAUGGGUGAUUGCAGAUACUGACUUAGUAAAAGAAUGUGAUCACUUCAAAAACGGUACGGAUUCAUUGAAAAGAUAUGACUAUUUAGCAACACGAGAACUAUUAGUUGAAAUCAUCAGUUAUUAUAUUAAAGAAUAUCUGGUACAAAGCGAAGGCUUGUCUGAUGCACACAUAAAAGAGAUUGAAUAUGAUUUUACAGAAGCACUUCACCAACGAGAUAUCAUUCAUUAUCUUAUUAAAGCUUAUACAUCAUCAACAGCAAACUUUUAUAAAAUUCUUAAUAAACAUUUGGCAAAGUACUUGAUGGAUUAUUUCGAUCAGAAGAUUAACUUUAGACCUAAUUAUCGGCUAGUUAAUUGUCUAAAAAACAUUGUAGCUCUACUCAUACAUCAUCCAGAUUUUAUCAAUCAUCAUUUCAUCGGAACAACAUAUCGUGGAAUGUUAAUGACUGAAAACGACCUUGGCAAGUAUCAAACUGGUAGUCAAAUAAUGAAUCGAACAUUUCUAUCUACAUCGAAAAAGCUAACAGUUGCAGAGUUCUUUGCUGGGGAAGGACAAAAAAACAGUUUUCGGAAAACACCCGAUAGAAUGCACAUUCAAAUAUCAGUAGUGUGUCAAUACAAAAUCAGAAAUAUCCGCACUGCUCUCGAUAUUGAAUUAAUGUCGAAUAUUUUGGAUGAACAAGAAGUGUUAAUUACACCAUUUGCAACAUUUAACGUUACUAAUGUGAAACGCCAUGAUCCAACAACUAAUCCAUCCGUUUUGGUUGAAAUAGAGCUAGAAGAAUAUGAGUCAGUUUGUGAACUUACUUACUUGUGUGAACUGAUUCGGUACCAGCAUAAACGAUAUUCUCGGAUUGAACGGUUAAUGAAUCCAGCAAAAUCUUUUCCAACUGAACAAAGCUACAUUAAUUUAGCUAUACUAGAAAUCAAAGAACAACAAAAAAAAGAAAAGAAGCUCUGUGACGCUCAGCAAAGGGAUGCGAUCAUCGGUACCUUUGAAGAGAUACACGAAGCAAAGGCUGUAGUCGAUGUCAAGGACAUUUUUGAAACUUGCAAAAAUCAAACGAAGAAGGUACUCGUGCUUGGACGGGCUGGAAUCGGCAAAACAACAUUUUGUCGAUAUGUUGCUUAUCGAUGGGCAAAUGGCACAAUUUGGCCACAAUAUAAGCUGAUUUUCUUGAUUCCACUACGGCGUUUAACUGAAAGUCGUUAUCCUCCAUUGCCAUCCGGCAUUAGCUAUUCUCGAAUUGAUCUCGUUGAAAAGGAAUGUUUCCAUCAUGCUCUUUCUGACAAAGAUAAAAUAUAUUUGAUAGAACAGUUUGACAAAAGUCAAGUUCUAUGGCUUUUGGAUGGGUAUGAUGAAAUUGUACAAAAUGUACCAGCACAUCUACAAUAUUUAUUCGAGCAGUUACUUAACACUCCACACCACAUCUUGACCUCUCGUCCAUACUCAAACAAGUUAUCAUAUGAUGUGGUAAUGGAAAUUACAGGUUUUACGGAUGAUAAUAUAGGUGAGUAUGUGAAGCAGUUCUUCGAUCAAAUUACAGGUGAAUCAGAUGAUGCAUCAUCCACAGGACAAAACCUACUGGACUUCUUAAAAUUGAGUACAAACAUUUGGGGUAUUGCACAUAUUCCAGUGAACCUCGAACUGAUUUGUAGUCUUUGGGCCGACACAGAUUGGUCCAUGAGUAGAGAACUCACAAUGACACAGCUAUACGAUAGGAUUACAGAAUGGCUAUGUCGAAGAUAUUUGGAAAAACAACGAAACAUUGAAAUAAUUCUAAUGACUAAAGAGGAUGUUUAUAAAAGUUGCCACAAAGAACUGGCAUUCCUAGAAAGCAUGGCUUUUAACGGCAUGACAACUAACACGAUAAUUCUACGGCCGCCAUUGCUGAAAAAAGCAUUAAAGGAUACUAAGUGCUCGUUAAGGGAUCACCCAUACUUACUCAAUAUAGGCAUUCUAAAAUCAUUCAACCAUCAGGCUGUUGGCACUCAAAUCGAAACUGACAAAGACCAUUAUUUUGUUCAUCUGAGUUUUCAGGAACAUUUCGCUGCACGAUAUUUGGUUACCGCUCUCGCGGAUCCUCCAUGCCAAGAAGCAAUCGAGUUUCUCAAGUGCAACAAGUACAAUCAACGUUUCGGACAAGUAUUUACUUUUGUAUCGGGUCUUCUGACUGAGAGUAAUUCUGAAUCAUGCAUAAGAACAUUCUGGGCCACAAUACUAAGAGAGCCGUUGGAUCUAGUUGGCCUAAGACACAUACAACUAGUUAUUGCUUGCGUUGAGGAGACUAGUGGUAACUCAAAUCUUCCUGGUCGCGCCGAGUUGAUCAGCCCGAUAAUAAAGUGGUUAAAAUAUGCUGUGCUUUCAGAAUCCGAUGUAAUAAUUCAACAGCUGACAGACUCAUUGAGAAGGAGCGCUUCAUUAACACGUGAGCCAGCAGUAAUGGAUACUCUGAUCCAGCUGCUUCAAAACCAACAAACAAAAGUGAAAACGAAUGUAUGCUCUUUGAUAUCAAAAUUACCACUUACAAAACCUCAUCCUAAGCUUAUUCAUUCACUGCUCAUUGCGCUUCGUGACGACAGUGCAGAUGUGAGAUAUUCUGCAUGUCAAGCUCUCUGGAAAAUGGGUGACAAAGCAGCAACUUCUGAAGUGCUUAGAGCACUGCUCAUUGCACUUGGUCAUGAGAAGUAUUAUGUUAGAUCUUCGGUAUGUAAAGUUCUAAGGCAAAUGGGAGACAGAGCAGCAACUUCUGAAGUGAUUAGAGCACUACUCAAUGCACUUGGUGAUGAGAACGAGAAUGUCAGACAAAAUGUAUGCAAAGCUCUCGGGAAAAUGGGUGACAAAGCAGCAACUUCUGAAGUGAUUAGAGUACUACUCAAUGCACUUAGUGAUAAGAAUGGGUAUGUCAGACAAGAUGUAUGUGAAGCUCUCGGGAAAAUGGGUGAAAAAGCAGCAACUUCUGAAGUGAUUAGAGCACUAGUAAAUGCACUUGGUGAUAACAAUGAGAACGUCAGAUAUUCUGCAUGUGAAGCUCUCGGGGAAAUGGGAGGCAAAGCAGCAACUUCUGAAGUGAUUAGAGCACUAGUAAAUGCACUUGGUGAUAACAAUGAGAACGUCAGAUAUUCUGCAUGUGAAGCUCUCGGGGAAAUGGGAGGCAAAGCAGCAACUUCUGAAGUGAUUAAAGCACUAUUCAAUGCACUUAGUGACGACGAUGAAAGUGUCAGAUAUUCUGCAUAUGAAGCUCUAGGGAAAAUGGGAGACAAAGCAGCAACUUCUGAAGUGAUUAGAGCACUAGUAAAUGCACUUGGUGAUAACAAUGAGAACGUCAGAUAUUCUGCAUGUGAAGCUCUCGGGGAAAUGGGUGAAAAAGCAGCAACUUCUGAAGUGAUUAGAGCACUAGUAAAUGCACUUGGUGAUAACAAUGAGAACGUCAGAUAUUCUGCAUGUGAAGCUCUCGGGGAAAUGGGAGGCAAAGCAGCAACUUCUGAAGUGAUUAAAGCACUAUUCAAUGCACUUAGUGACGACGAUGAAAGUGUCAGAUAUUCUGCAUAUGAAGCUCUAGGGAAAAUGGGAGACAAAGCAGCAACUUCUGAAGUGAUUAAUGCACUUAGUGAUGAGAAUGAGAAUGUCAGAUGGCGUGCAUGUAAAACUCUCGGGAAAAUGGGAGACAAAGCAGCAACUUAUGAAGUGAUUAGAGCACUGCUCAAUGCACUUGGCGAUAAGAAUGAGAAUGUCAGAUAUUCUGCAUGUGAAGCUCUCGGAAAUAUGGGUGACAAAGGAGUAACUUCUGAAGUGAUUAGAGCACUACUCAUUGCACUUGGUGAUAACAAUAAGAAUGUCAGAUAUUCUGCAUGUGAAGCUUUCGGGAAUAUGGGUGACAAAGCAGCAACUUCUGAAGUGAUUAGAGCACUACUCAAUGCACUUGGUGAUAAGAAUGAGAAUGUCAGACAAAAUGUAUGUGAAGCUCUCGGGGAAAUGGGUGACAAAGCAGCAACUUCUGAAGUGAUUAGAGCAUUACUCAGUGCACUUGGUGAUAAGAAGGCUUCUGCAAGGAAGUGCAGUGACCGUUACUGGAGAGACUAUUGUAGUAUACGGUGGUAAAGAGCCAACGGUGGUGGACGUUUGCAGUUUAAAUCAUACAAGACUGAGUCAGAAAUUAGUGGAAGCUUUUGUUGAUCAAACAGAAAGACUUGACUUAUCUUUUAACGUGCCUAGUUCGUUUGUUGAAAACGUUUCGCUUGAUGAGCACACUUUCUCUCUAAUAAGGGGUUCCAUUCGGACAUGUAGGAUAUCGUAAUUUAAUGGCGGCUUCACAUCCUUAUUAAGAAACAGUACAGUUGUUUUUAUUCAUUCUUCGUAGUUUUAGCACUGAUUGGCCCCAAUAAACUUGUGAAAACAAAGGUUCUCUCGUUGCUCAGAUUAAAAAUGAGUAGAUGUAACUGGUAUGAAAUAUUAGUUAAUGCUUGAGAAUUAACGUUAGUUCAUGCAGCUACGAGACACGUUUUCUUUCCUUGUUCUUCUUGCAAUAGUUAAAUUUAGGCGCUCCGAUAUAACGUUUUGACAGAUCACUGUCCUGGAUACGAAAAUGUCAUUUUCAGGAAAUAUUUUAUUACUCUUCUCUCACUGGUUUAGAAUAUCCACCUUAUGUUUCCACAUAGCCGUAGAAUCUACCCGUUGAUGCGAGAGGAAAAACCGGAUUGCUCCAGAAGAAAUUGUUCCUCCAGCGGGAACCAGCUAAUAACGGAAAUCAAUCAAAUCAUUUCGAAAGUGCCAAUUAAAUUGGCUUUUAUAGUUUGAUUUUACUUGACGUUGUAACUUCUGUACUGUAUAAUUGUAUUAUUCUGAACCGAUCUUAUAAAAAAAUGAGUAAUAACAACGGUUGAAAAAUUUCUGCGUUAUGUAUGCUGUUUUUUUUUUGCACCAUAUUAAUAACAUAUUAUAAACUGAAAUGCAAAAACAGAAAAAGAAAGAAACAAAACAUGUGUUUAAAAGAAAGGUAAAAAAGGCAGUGUAGAGAAAUCUAUUUUCUAGAGGAGCAACAGAGACAUUUUUUAUUAUCACGUUCGUAAUAUAGUUAACAAUAAACAUAACAAUUGCGGGUAGAUUGUUUACAGAUCUAUACCUUUCAUCCAUUUUUUCUGAAAAAAAUUGUGUCCAGUAGCAUCUGGGCCAUAUUUUUUUUACUAAAGUUUAGUUGUUCUUGCAUUUAUUUCAUUCAUAUUCUACAUUUUACCGAAGAACAGAAAAAAUUCAUAAUACAAAACUAGCGAGAAAAUAAGAAGAAAAUAUUUCCUGAUAAAAGAUUCGAAAAUAGUUUCUUUACCUUCUUUCCUAGUAUGUUGUACGACUACUAACGAGACACGAGACUACGAGACUAUACCCGGGUACGAGAGCGAGUAUACGAGAACCCCGGUCUCGCUCUCGGUCUCGUUACAUACCUAACCGACAUCGACUCCAUCUGUGCACAACUAGGUAAAGAUGUGACUGCAUCGUCGAACGAUGAUCUCUCGAUGAGCGUCAUCUCCAACAACAACUCAUCAUCCAACAAACAAGAAGCCUCAUUCAUGUACUUUCAGCUCCUCAUCGACAUUCUCCUUCGCAUGGAUGGCACACAUGGCAAUGGCAAACAAGAGAUGGUGGAUGCAUGUCGACAACAGUAUGCUGGCAAGGAGAGUGAACCCCAGAUCGUCACUGAGUUCGAUGAUGAGUACUCGGCUGAGACAACCAUUUGGUAGUACACGCGUGAGUGUUUCCUCUAUCGCAUGCUCAUCCAGGCACU